GGUACUAUGGAUAUUCUGCAUAUUCUAACUCUUUUGGGCGUCUCCUCCAGAGUGAAUGCAUUUAGCAAUUCGGCCAGUCUUCACCGGAUCUCCGAGAGGUCGCCUCGAAUUCGAAUCCCCCAGUGAUUCAGGAUUGAACUACACGCCAACUUAACCUUUCCAUGGAGGUUUAGCAGUCGGCGGGCGGGGGAUUUAAAAGUAGGAACGUGGAACUUCGAACAAGUCUGAACAUCGUCAAUCCUUGACCUUCAUCCGUGCCAUUUUUAUUACCUUGUCCCUUGCACUUUUGUGUCCUUGUGUACGGAAUAUUGCUUUCCUUUUAACCCUGAUUCUUAUCUCGGUUGGACGAUUCUCAAACAAGUACAGAAAAUGGGUACCAGCCGAGAACUAACGGUUUUGCGAAGCGUGCAUAAUUUUGCAAGGCUUGGGAAGUUGGAAAGUUGGGAUCUGAGGUGGAGCAUGAAUACAACUAACCAUUCUGUUCAGAGCGCGAACUCAACUACGCAGCGAUGGCCAAGCAUGAUACUGAGAUUGAUGAUGAUGAUGUAUAUCCCAUACGCACACAUUUUCCCCACCACCACCACCACCAACAAGGGUGAGGCACAAAACUCUAACUGUCCACGAGGCAAAAGAGCAGUAACUCCGAUUAGAGACAUCCAAAUGUUUUAUUGAUGGAGAUCAAAGUAUACAUUUUGAUCCCUCUAUGAUUUAUCCCUUUUCCGUUCUUUCCUUUCUUUCAGCAUCCAUUUGCCUACUUGGCACAAUUCUUGAUUGAGCCCCCCAUUCUCUUCCAAUCUUCCAAUCUAGCUUCUUUCCCUUCUUUUUUUUGUUUGUUGAUUUGUACCGUUCAUUUUUUUUUGGCUUGCUUGCUUAUUUCGUGACUUUUGGGCGUUUCUGAUUUUGUUUCAUUUUAUUUUCACAUAAAUCCUUGGAUGAAAGUUAAUGACCAUGUCGGAGAAGACCAACUUUCCAAUGCCAUCAUGGUCACCGUCCCUAGCUGAGAACAGAGGUGUGGGUGGUUUCCAUCGCCGACACACCUCUCUCGUGCCUCGGUCCCCACGUGAUACCUUCGAAUCACGAUGCAGUACUCCUUCAAAACCCGGUUCGGAAACAUCUGGUCCCAAGCCGCAAGCAGUGACCUGGAUGUCAUUGCCGCAGAAAGACCAGCUAGCUAUUCUCUUCUUUUCUAGAUUGGUAGAUUUCCUACAGGUUGCUUCGUUGCAAGCCUAUAUGUUCUAUCAAUUGAAGAGUUUUGAUUCGGGUUUAUCUAAUGCUGCUAUUUCGUCGCAGGCGGGGAUACUGCAAGGGUGUUUCACCGGGGCUCAGGUCUGUACUGCGGUACUAUGGGGCAAGGCCGCUGACACCUGGGGGAGGAAAAUGGUUUUGAUGAUUGGAUUGGUUGGAACGGCCAUUUCAUGUGUGGGAUAUGGAUUCUCGACGACGUUCUGGCAAGCUGCUCUAUUUCGAGCUUUUGGUGGUGCUAUCAAUGGUACUGUUGGAAUUAUGUUAGUAAAUACAUCCUCUAUGUUCAAGUCUGUAAUAGCUAAACCUUUUUGAUUAGACGUACCAUGGUUGCAGAGUUUACCAUAGAAAAGAAAUAUCAAUCUCGAGCUUUUUUGAUCUUACCUAUGAGUUUCAAUGUGGCUGGUAUAUUGGGUCCAGGUAUGUAUAUAGUAUUGGAGUAAUCACACCAUCAUGUACUAAUAUUGCUCAUAGUCAUGGGUGGAUUACUUGCCGAUCCAGCAAUGACACUACCCGGUCUUUUCGGCGACCAAGCUGCAUUCGGAUUUGAGUGGCUGCACUCAUAUCCUUAUGCUCUUCCCGGCAUUCUCAAUGCCGUCUUCUUGGUAACUACCGGCGCCAUCGUGUUCCUGGGAUUAGAAGAGGUGCGUGCUCUUGACAUGGCAUAUAUUCCGUCGUCUCCAUCCCCACAUACCUGAAUACGCGAUCCUAACUUUCGGCGUUUAUCAUAGACCCUUCCUUCAGCGCGUGGCCAGUUCGAUUAUGGAAUCAGCCUUAUGAAUCGUAUUAAACGAUCAAUAGGUUUUGGAACUACCGUGGCUCCGGUUGACUACUUUCAUCUCGAGGGCUCGACUGAUAGCCUGGAUAACUUCGACCCUAAAUCAAUCGCUCGUCCCGCCGCAAACAAAUUACCCUUCAAUCGCAUUUGGACCAAAAAUGUGAUCUUCACCCUGAUCACCGGUGCCUUUUUCGAUUUCCAUCUUGGAGCCUUCACAAAUAUCUGGUCACUCUUCCUCUCGACCCCUCGACCUAACUCCGCCGACUCUCAAUCUCUUCCUUUUGUAUUCACAGGUGGUCUCGGUAUGCCCGCAGCCACGGUCGGUUUUGCGACAUCCAUUCUCGGCGUCUUAGGCAUGGCUCUACAGGUUCUCCUUUAUCCAUCUGUACAUGCCAGACUCGGUACUCUCCUUUGUUUUCGAUUUUUCCUCAUCUUAUUCCCCGUCGCUUAUUUCUUUGCUCCAUAUUUGGCAGUAUUACCCUCUAGUACCUCGGCACCAGCACCAGCUGCUGGACCAGCUAUCUGGAUUGGUAUUUUCUUUGUGCUUUUACUUGCUGUUGCGGCGAGAACAUUUACCCUCCCUGCCACCAUUAUCUUGUUGAAUAAUUGCUCACCUCAUCCUUCUGUUCUGGGUACGAUACAUGGGAUUGGGCAAUCGGUGUCAGCGGGUUUCCGCACGGUGGGACCAGUGGUCGGCGGGAUUUGGUAUGGACAGGGAUUGGAACGGGGAGUGGUGGGAUGGGCAUGGUGGGAGACGGCGGUGGUGGCUGUGGCGGGAUGUGUAACUGCAAUGUGGGUUUAUGAGGGAAGUGGUCAUGAGGUCUUUCUGCAAGGGGAAGAGGAAGAUAUGGAGGAAGUUGCGAUGCGAGAAUUGAUGGGGGAGAAUCAGAGGGAAAGAGGGGAGGGCGUUGCUGCCGAAAGACAGGGGCUCAUGGGACAGAUGGGUGGAAGUAGUGGAAGUACCCGCUUGGAUUUGAGACAUUUGGAUGAUGAGGUAGAGCGGGGAAAUAUGGUAGGGAGUAGUAAGGGCGUUGGCUCAGAGGUUAGGAAGGGCCUGACAAAGAGCUAGAGUGGAGGGAAUGGAAGGCGGGGAGGGAAUAGACAUAUAGAUGUCCAUUAUAUAUCAUGGGAAUGAAUACCACAAUUUGUGUUUAGAAUCAAAAGGAUGGGAGGAUGAGGAACCCAAAAUUUAUUAAAAUCUAUCAAUGAUUCCCUUAUUGUGAUUGCUUGAGCCCAUUCGAAAUUCUGUACAUAUCUUCAAUCGUGGUGGAGAUUAGUAAACUUGAUCUCGCUGCUCAAAGCUGGAGUAGUAAGUAUUUUAUGAUAUAACUUCAAUGUUCCAACAUUACCGCAGACAUUAUAAUCGAUCAUAUUUCUAGAUAAUACCUGGGACAAGCUCUAGGCCACUUAGUCAUAACUUUGUUUUUUCCUACACUAAAAAAUCAGUAUUAUGUUAUCCACAGCAGGUAGUAUUCAUGCUUAUGAGUGGAUUUUAAUCAUUCAUGCUGAGUGUUCGACUUCUAUGGAUGUUACAGCGACGUACUAACAAUAUGGUGAAACAACUUACCACAUUGGAAAUCGCACUUUUCUUACCUUAAGUGCCACCCA